UCUUCUCCAGCACUCCAGACAUCACGCGUUGCACAGGCGCCAUCAGCAGACCCGCGACGGGCAUGGACCGCGUCUCCCAGCCUAUGCACCGCGCGCGCUGCUAGGGCCCUCGCCGUUGCGCUGCGGCGAGAAGGACGACGUUGACGGCGAGAGCGACUGCGCACUCCAGCCCUCAAUCAUCCAUCGCCAUCCCACGGCCGGCCUGCCUGCUUGCCUGCCAAACCUGCAUGCUGAAGGCGACCGCAUGACCAGCUCGGCCCUCUCUUCAGCUUUCAGCAAGCAGUCACGGCCUCUGAUCGCCUCGCUCGCCCACCGGUCGGGCAUCACUGAGGCCAUCGACAACCUCGCCUUCCAUAUUCCGCUGCGCAGGUGCUGGUCAUGCUGCUGCUCCUGCUGCCCUUGUCGCCUUGAGAGAACACGACCCUUUCUCUAGUUAGCGCAGAACGGCUCCGGCGAUCCCGUAAUAUCUUCGGCCCUGUUCCCACGCAGGAACCAUCUACACGACAGUAUUGCCUGCGCCGACUGCGACCUUCUUUCACCCUCUGCACAUACCACUGGCUCGAAAGGAAGAUGCAUUCGCGGUCCACCUCGUGACUCUUUGUUCCAUCGGCUUUCAUUGCCACGCUGCUUGCGAUCCCUGUCUGCAGCCUGCACCUAGCCGUCGGCCUGGAAGCCGAAAUCUACGGUUCGCCAGUCUCCAACGAGCCCUUUGCCGACCGCGCGCAUACAAGCGCGAAACGAUACUGAACAUCUUUGCAACUCCCUGCGCCGUGGAAGUGGGAUCGCUAUUGCAGCUGUCGAUAUCCCGCCCGACCCAGCAUCCUUACUGUCAGCUGUACAUCAUUUCACAAGAUUGCAUUGCAAACAGACGUGCCGCUCUCGCCGGCACGGGACUGUGACGAACAUCGCUGACUCCAUAUCGCCGGCACUUCGACUGCCACGCACCAUGGAAGACAUCUUCUAUUUCACAAGCCCCCGGAAAGCUGUUCCAGUUGCAAGGUACAGACCUUCUGUCCGAAGAACACCCAAAGUGGUCAGAAAGCGGCGCGCCGCAAACACAGACAUGUUCAAUCAACAAGCAUGCGUGGCCCGGUUUGAAGAACCAACGUUCUGUCCGAGCAGCGUUUCAUCAUUGUUAUUUCCCAUUGCAUCUACUCAAGAUACCCCACUGCCUUCCAAUUCGCAAUUUGAUCUAGAUCUGGACGAUGACGAGGAAAAUGAAGAAGACGAACAUGACGACAAUGGCGGCGUGCUUUUACCGCCGUCUGCAGAUGAGCCCAUGACAGACGUGCCUUCUGCGCACAUAUCGACGCCCGUACGCUACGACGAAGUCACGCAACAUGAUAUCAACACUUAUGAUAACGACACACCCAUUGAACCAUCCAUACCUCCGAGCAUAUUGCAUUUAACCUCACUGCACGCCCAGCCUCAAGGUCCUACGCAGCAGCGACGAAGAACCGCAUCAGAAGAGGGCCACCGACGGCGAGCGACAGCGAGAGAAGGCCAAUUGAUCGCAGAUGCCCUUCCUCCCAAUGAGAGCACGGAAGCAGCAAAUGGUGCAUUUGUUGCAUCGCUGGAUCUUCUCAGCCGACCCACGGUGCCAGCUCUAUCUACAGAUACGACCCAGCUACAAACCUUUCCGUCUGAUGCCUCAUCAGUUCUUGGUGCACAUACUACCCAGCGUUCCUCUGCGAGUGAUUACACAACAACCGAUCUGCAGCAUGCCCAGAUUAUGGAUAUGGAUGAAGAUGCUCUACCUGUUGACGACCCCAGGAGGCAUUAUGAUGUAUUAGAAUUUAUGGACGAUUGGCGUCUCAAGUCAAUAGCGGACAAACGGCUCCCUCCCUUUGAGCCUGGGAUCCAAUCUUCCAUACGACUCGGACGACCGCUUGAGCCUGUUGUCCGUACUCAGGUAUUAUCACGAGCUGUUGACGUACAAGGCAUACGAUGGCAACUCGUCGGUCCUGCUCGAGAGCAAGCCAUGCUCGCUCGAUGUAUGCUCCACCCAUCGAGCACUAGUUCAAACUACCUUCGCCCGCAACGACGGCAGACAUCUUCAGGCAUCGCUGGGGAUGCGGAAAGCCACUACCGAUUCCGUUCCUUUGCGCCCCAGCAUAAAGGCAGCUUCGAGCAUUAUCAAUUACGCAACAUGCUUGUGGCAGCGGAUCGCAACAACAUAUUUUAUGGAACGGCGGCGAAUCAGGUGAUGCGCGCAUCGCUUUCGUGUCCGAAUACGCGGAAUACUGUCAUGGACUUGGCCAAGCCAGUGAACACCGCCGCAGCCUUCCGCAUCACUUGUCUAUCGGCUUCUCCAAGAGCGCUUGUGCCUGGCAGCCAGACCGACAACGUUCUGAUUGCCGGUGGCUUUUAUGGAGAAUACGCUGUCUGCAACAUAGACAGCGACAAGCGAGAGGCCUCCGAAGGUUUCGUUACCCACGCGUACAAUGGGCUCGUCACCCAUGUGCAUAGCUUCCGGGACAGACGCUCCGGUCUCCUCCGCGCAGCCUUCUCCUCGAAUGACCGCAAGGUCCGACUAAUGGAUGUGGGCACGCUCCAAUUCACUGAUAGUUUCACAUACGACCACGCAGUAAAUUGCUCUGCAACGUCUGCUGAUGGUCGUUUACGAGUAUUGGUUGGAGACAGUUCUGACACCCUCAUCACCGAUGCCCAGCGAGGAACGCCCAUAGUCACACUACAAGAGCAUACGGAUCAUGGCUUCGCUUGCGCAUGGUCGCAGGACAAUCGACAUGUAGCCACCGCCGCACAAGACGGGCGAGUAAUGGUGUGGGACGCCCGAAGCUGGAAGAAACCUGUACGCACGUUUGAAAGUACGAUGUCUUGCGCGAGAUCCCUUCAAUUUACCGACAGCGGCGCUCUCGUGGCUGCCGAGAACGAGGACGUCGUGACCGUCUACGGUGGGCAUUCCUUUGAGGCCAAGCAAGAAAUCCGGUUCCUAGGUUCUAUUGCUGGCGUUACUCUUCUUGACGGAGGAGCAGAGCUCGCCAUCGCGAAUGCCGAUAAGACCGUCGGCGGACUUUUGACAUUUGAACGAGUGCCACAAGGAUUGGGAAACAAUACUUAUGGACGUGUUGUUGUCAAGCCCGGGGGUAGUUCGAGAUGGCGGAACGGUCGAGCGCGGCGCGAAAUGGAGAGCUUACCGGAGGUCUUGAUCUAGACUUCUAGCUAGUCUGAUCAAAGCACAUACUUUCAGCAGCCCUCCACAGAUACCAAACAGUCCACAUGAUGCUGACGAGCA